GUGUUGGCACAGCAGCACAGAUGCCCCACAUUUUUCAGGUGAAACACCUGAGAAGAAUGGGGAAGUUUGUGUGCAUAACUACUUUCAUUUUGCCUUGUUGGUACAUUUGGAUACAGACAGGCCGCUUGUCUACAGCUAAUCAUGGAUAUAGUUGAUUUUGUCUUGAACAUGAGCUCAGUCAUCCUCAAGAUGGUUGACAAUGCGAAGGCCAACAAGGACCGCUUACAACGAGUCGCCCAAAGAGUCAAGGCCCUGCAGGAACUAGUUCUCACCAUCAAACAGAGGGGGUCAGGUCAAAUCUCUUUCACUGUGGGCAACGCUCUGCGGGAACUCAGUGCCACUCUGACCUGUGCCAAGCAGGUGAUGGAGAAAUAUUCCCAGUCUAAACCUGUAAUGAACUUCCUGAAAUCCACCAUUCAUGAAGACAAGUUCUACAAGAUCAAUGAAAGACUCACUGAUAACUUUCAGAUCCUGUCUGGAGCUCUACAGAUCGAACAGGGGAAUGUACUGCACAAAGUGUAUGAAACUGUCUCAGGAAGGAGACAGGAUGAAGCAACCAUGCCCCCCAUGCCCCCCAUGCCCCCCAUGCCAGUGUCUAGUCCCACAGCUCCCAUGCCCCCCAUGCCAGUGUCUAGUCCCACAGCUCCCAUGCCCCCCAUGCCAGUGUCUAGUCCCACAGCUCCCAUGCCCCCCAUGCCAAUCUAUGGUCCCACAGCUCCCAUGUCCCCUAUGCCCAUGUCUGGUCCCACAGCUCCCAUGCCGCCCAUGCCAAUCUAUGGUCCCACAGCUCCCAUGCCGUCCAUGCCAAUCUAUGGUCCCACAUCUCCUGUCAGCAUCAUGCCCCCCAUGCCAGUGUCUAUCCAUGCUGCUCCCAUGCCUCAGCCUAGAAUCAUGGCCCCCAUGCCUUUCUCCAACAUCAUUGUAUCCAAGCCUGCUUUUGUGUCCCCUGUUGUUAUCUCCUCCACCAUGGUUUCCAAACCUGUCCUAAGGACUGUUGCCCCAGUGCAAGCAAAUUUGGCCCCAAUGACUUUAUCAGCACAAAAUACAGCUGUUGUAACCACUUAUGUGGUCAAGAAGUCUCAUUUUCCUUAAAGUAGCAGUACUGCUUUACUGCAUUUUUUUCUGUGAUAUAUGAAAGCAAAAGGCUGAGUAGGAGAACCCUUUUUUCCAUAGCUGCAGUACCCACAAUGUGCUCCCUGGUGCUGUUUCUCUGGGCAAGUACCCACAAACAAAAUACACUCAUCUUAACAUGUUACUUGGCCAAAUAUUCAACCCCAUUAUUAUUCAGUAUUUUUAUUAUAUAGAGACCGGAAACAAGAUGGUGUUGGUGAUGAAUAAGAUGGUGAGGACACAUGACAAAUGUCCAAGACAAAACAAAUCCAGCAGUACUGUGAGGAUGUGGUACUGCUCCUCAGGCCUGGAUAUGCUGAAAUUAACUUAACUUAACUUAAGCAUGAAAAAGAGGAGAAAAGGUCAAACUCUGUAUGUUAAAAUCUGUUUGUGCUCCAGGAAUAGAUUUUCUCUCUGAAGUCAGUAUAUAAAAGAAAGUCAGUUCAGUGUUUACAUGUGCAUUUAUUCUGUUUGCAUUUAAUACUUUUUAAAUUCAUGAUUAUUAUUUUGAUAUUUUUAUCUGAAGCACUUCACUACUGUGUAUGACACGAAUUAGGCAAUGAAUAAAAAUCCUACUGAUCAUUUUGUUUAUUUUUCCAUU